UAAGAACUCUUCCUUUCUUGUAAUUGUCGCUAGUGUUCGCAGAACUGCCUCGGUGUUGUCGUUGUGUGAUUGUCUCGUGUGGCGGCUCUCCGAGGAUACUGCCUGCCUGGCCUUGUUCGUGGCGAAAUACGAUCCAUAGAUGUGUGGAAUAAUUGUUGGCGCCGAGGAACGGGUAACGCAGAGCUACCAUUGGACGUUCUCGAUUAGAUACUUGAAAAGCCGAUCUCAGACACUGAAGGCUGCGAUUCCCCGAGAUCCGAGGACACAGAAAAAAUUGUAACAUCUUUAAUUAUGCAUACUAGUAUAGUUCUAGUAUUAAUUAUAAGCUUUAUGCUACCUCUCAACUAUGAGGUUUACGGAUAUUUUCUCAGACCGUGUCAAGUAUGCGACGAUGAUUGUGAUGCAGAGUUACCUCAGCCAUGUAUAUGGGGAGAAGCUAGAGAUGAAUGUGGUCGAAGAAUUUGUACAAAGGGACCUGGUGAACGCUGCGGUGGAAAGUUCAACAUCUUGGGCAAGUGCGGUGAAGGCAUGAUGUGCAAAUCAGACGAAAGAUGUCACGGCUGUUCCGUCCAAACCCUGGAGUGUUUCAACGGCUAACGUCUCGAUCUCAACACGCAACUACCAUCAUCAGUAUUACGUGGCGUAACUGUUUCCCAUUGUUUUUAGUAGUUUUUAAUUCGUCAAUUGUCAAUUUUUUGUUCUACUCGUUUAAAUGCUGUGAUUCGCGUCGUUUUGUUUUAUCUAUUUCUUUUUUUACCGACUCGUGGAAGUGAUAAGAUAGUGUGGAACAUCACACCUAGAUGGCUGAUACAACUAAACACUGACGACCUCUUAAGUGACUAAAAAAAUUGUGCCCAAUAUUAUGUAGAGACGAUGUAAUUUUAUGCAUACUUUUUUUUAUUUAUGGUAUUUUUAACCCAUACUGGUUAGAAUUUUUUUUGUAAAGAUAUUUGUUAUCUUGGGUUUAUUUGUGAUAAAAUUAACCAUAAGUGCUUUUAGGAUUCAAUCCUUCAAAAUGUCAGUUAAUAUUAUUUAUUUUAUAAUAUAACUUACAAAAAUAUUGCUCUCUUUAUUACAUAAGUAAAUAUGAAGAUAAACGAUAAAAACAUGUAAUAAAAAGAACGAGAAUUAAAAUAUAAAAUUAUAAUAAUUUUUGACGCAUAAAUUGAUAUAAUUUUGUGAUAAAUACUUUUAAUUCUAAUGCAACUCUAACAAACAACAUAUAUAUUAUUGUACAUAUAAAAACCGAUCUUGUACUGUCUUAUAGCUCUCUUCCGAAUAAUUUUAAGGCCAAAAACUUUAGAUUAUAAGUUUUUAUUUUGUAUUUAAGGGCAAUUCUAUAGUACAAAUAUAAAAUAGUGGGAAAGACAGACUACUAUUAUUAAUCUAAUAUAUAGGAGAACUAAUCGACGAAAUCAAAUUAAUGAAGUUUUGUUCAAUUUCACGUUACACACUUUUUUUAAAAUAACGUUUUUUCAUUUUUUUGUAAUUAUGUAGUUACGCUACUGAAAACUGUGCACUAAAGUAUAUUUAAUGUGAUUAUAUGAAAAUGGACUUAAUAUGCUUUUAUCCUGUUAAAUUUAAAUAACAGGAAAAUGCAAGUUCUGAUCUGAUCGUUAUUUAUUUUGUUAAUCUACUAGACAUGCAUAAUAUUUGAUAUAAUAUAGGACUGCAAAUUUCUA